UUGUAAAAAAAAAAAAAAAAAUACAGAGAGCAAUGGCGCUAUCAACGGAUCACUACUAACCACCAUGGAAGAACAUUAUUCACCCGCCGCCGCCGCCACGACGAUCACCGAAUCCGACAUCCAGGCGGCGGAGCAGUUAAUGGAACUCAGCAACAGCGACGGCGGGACUGCUUCUGUCUUCCCCCGUGACGAGAGUAACUCCGCCGGCAGCGUCGUCAACCUCGCGGGAAAUGUUGAUAAGAGGAACAAGACGGCGGCAAAGGAGGAGGAGGAGAUGGUCAGCGGGCUGCGGUGGAAGAAGAAGAAGAGGAAGUGGCGGUCGUUGGAGAGCAUUUACAGCUCCACCGUCCCGAUCAAAUUAACUAUUAGUUUAUCUUGAUAGUUUUUCCUUAGCUGAAUGUUAGUUUUCUUCUUCUUCUUCUUCUUCUUCUUCUUCUUCAAUCUUCUGUUUUGUACUGUGUAAAUUUCGUUGAAUGGUUUAAGUACGCAUUGCGUAAUUAUAGUUGCUUAAAGCGCAAGGUAAAACCACAAACGGAUAACGCGUUGCCCUCCGGUGUUGUUCCUCGUGUUCUCCGAUCGAUUCGAGCCGACUCCUUGAGAAUACACAUACCCGUGUAGUCGGUAAUCGUGACGUGAUGGUUGGACGUCUCGUUUUCUCAAGAGCGAAAAUCGUAGUUUCGGUAUGUUGUGCAGAGUAAAAAAUCAUCCUGCAU